AUGUUGAAAAAAGAGCUUCGGGCGGAGGCUGCGCUGCAGGAGGGGAACCUCUCCUGGCUGAAGGCCCGGAUGGCCGCUCUGACGGAGGUUUCUGCAGACGGAGACGCUCAGAGGAACGGAGACGCUCUGAACAAACUCUGCUCGGACUUUAAGGCUCUGCUGGCGUCUCUGCUGGAGGCGGAGAAGAUGUUGCUGGCGCUGGGAGACUGUGCUCAAUUCAGAGAGGAGGUCCAGACCCUGCUAGAGGACCUGGUUCUGGGUCAGAGAGAAGCUCAGAGCGAGGUCUCCAGGAUCCUCGACUGCCCGUCUGUGAGGGAGGCCCAGCAGCAGCUGCUCAGCCACCAGCAGCUGCUGAAGCGCCUCAGGAUGAAGAGGAAGGAGGUGCAGCAGCUGAUCCUCAGAGGACAGACCCUACAGGGGGAGGAGGGCGUGGGGGGGGCGCUGCAGACAGACCUGCACCUCCUGGAGACCACCGUCAGCAAGAUGGAGCAGAACACUGACUCCCAGGAGCAGAGUCUGGAGGUGAGACAGGUUACUGUAGAGAAAGAGAGUCUGGAGGUUACUGUAGAGAAAGAGAGUCUGGAGGUGUCCCUUGCAGCCUGGCAGGAGUUCACCAGCCAGCAGGGGGCGGUGCAGGACUUCCUGCUGAGAGCUCGAUCCUCAUUGGACCGGGACCAGACCUUCAGCAGUCCAGAGAGCCUGUCUGCAGAACUGGACCAGGCUCAGGUGCUCCUGAAGCAGAGUGCAGCUGAGGCCUCUCACAUGAACACUCUGCUGAAGAGAGCUAAAGAGAUCCAGCUGGGUCCCAACAACAGAGACCUGCUGCUGGAGCAGGCCCGGACCCUCAGUGGGGAGGUGGGCCGCGUGGAGGCCGGACUCAACAAAGAUGUGCAGACCCUGCAGCAGAUGAAGACCCUCUGGAUGAAGUUCUCUCAGGACUUUGAGGCGUUCUCUCUGUGGAUCUCUGAGAAGGAGAAGCAGCUGGAGGUCCUGAAGUCCUCCUCGCUGCCUCUGGAGGAGCAGAUCAGCACCGUCAAGGCUGUGUCUGCAGAGCUGCAGGCCCAGAGGGGGGUCUCCUCUCAGCUGGAGGGGGGGUCCCAGGCUCUCUCUCAGUUCGUCUCCUCGGGGGAGGGGUCCCGCAUCAAGGCCCGGCUGACCCAGAUCGGGCGGUACUGGGAGGAGCUGCAGGAGAGCGUGCAGCAGCAGGAGGAGGCGCUGCAGGAGAGCGCCACCUACCUGCAGAGGUUCACCUGCAGCCUGCAGCAGAUGGACUCCUCUCUCAGUGAUCUGCAGAAACAGCUGCAUCUUCCUCUGAAGUCCUGCUCCUCUUCCUCAGAGACCUACAGAGCCCUGCAGGACCACAUGGAGGUGCUCCAGCAGCAGGAGGCUCUGCGGGGGGGUCUCCUCUCCCUCCAGGCGUCCGCUCGGAGGCUCAGGGAGCGUCCGGCUGCAGAGAGGAGCGUCACGGAGCUGAACGUCAGAUACGAGGAGAGCCUGCAGGAGGCCAGAGACUCUCAGAGGGACCUGGAGGAGCUGCUGACCCUGUGGAGGAGGUUUGAGAAGCAGCGCUCUCACCUGACUUCCUGUCUGGAGAGGAGUGAGGCAGCGUCUCACCCUGAGAGCCAGCUGCUGUCAGCGGACAGAGCCAAGCUGCGCGCUGAGAUACAGGAUCUGCAGGGUGUGCACGAGGAGCUGCUCUCCCUGCAGACGCCUCUCUCUGAGCUGCAGACGCUGGGUCAGUCUCUGAGUGUGUCUGCGUCAGAGGAGAGAGAGCAGCAGCUGCAGGGCGAGAUACAGAGUCUGCAGAGGAGGCUGCAGGAGCAGAGGGAGAACCUGCCUCAGAGAGUGUCUGCUCUCCAGACACACCUCUCUCUGCUGGAUCAGUUCGACCAGGAUCUGCUCCUCUUCUCCUCCAGGAGCGAGACGCUGCUGUGCAAACUGCACUCUGCUCCUGCUGUCAACAUCAGAGACCUGCAGCCCACACACACACACUGCAAGGAGAGCCAUGCGGCGCUGCAGCAGCAGAGCGGGGAGAUGCGGCGACUGCAGGAGCAGCUGGAGCAUCUGUGUCUGCGCUGUGAGGGUGGGGGAGAGGGCGGGGAGGCGCAGCUCCUCCGCAGCCGAGCCGCGGGGGGUCUGCAGCCGCAGCUGGAUGCUCUGCAGACGGCCGAGCUGCAGACAGAGAGCCUGCAGCGGCUGCACAGCUUCCUGCAGAAACACAGCCAGGCAGGGGGGGUCCUGAGGGGCCUGAGGGAGACUCUGGAGGGGCGGGGGGUCCUGAGGGAGACCCUGGAG